CAGGUCCCCAGUGUGGGACUCCUUAGGAAACGGGGCGGAUCCCUGGGGCUGGUUGGCGGACGCUGGACCCCGCGAGGCGCGCCUGCGCCGUGCAGCGGCGCACGCGUUCGAGCCGGAAGCAUAUGUUGGAGCGGGAGAUCCUUGGGGAUGGAAGUGGAGAUGGAAUCGCAGAGCGCCGGAGCCGAAGAUGGCUUCACCCAAGUUACCCGUAAGGGUGGCCGGCGGGCGAAGAAACGGCAGGCUGAGCCGCUGUCCGCGGCGGGGGACGGCGGGGACGCGGGCCGCAUGGACACGGAGGAGGCCCGGCCCGCGAAGAGGCCGGUUUUCCCGCCCCUCGCCGGGGAUGGAUUCCUGGGUGGGAAAGAAGAAACAAGGAAAAUUCCAGUCCCAGCUAACAGAUACACGCCCUUAAAAGAGAACUGGAUGAAGAUAUUUACUCCUGUUGUAGAACAUUUGGGACUUCAGAUACGGUUUAACUUGAAAUCGAGGAAUGUAGAAAUUAGGACUUGUAAAGAAACCAAGGAUGUUAGUGCCUUGACAAAAGCAGCUGAUUUUGUGAAAGCCUUUAUUCUUGGGUUUCAGGUGGAGGAUGCACUUGCCCUCAUUAGGUUGGAUGACCUCUUCCUAGAGUCUUUUGAAAUUACAGAUGUAAAGCCCUUAAAGGGAGACCACCUGUCAAGGGCAAUAGGAAGAAUCGCUGGCAAAGGAGGAAAAACCAAAUUCACCAUAGAGAACGUGACACGGACACGGAUAGUUUUGGCUGAUGUGAAAGUUCACAUCCUUGGCUCUUUCCAAAACAUCAAGAUGGCAAGAACUGCCAUUUGCAACCUCAUCCUGGGAAAUCCUCCAUCAAAGGUUUAUGGCAAUAUCCGAGCUGUGGCUAGCAGAGCAGCAGAUCGAUUCUGAUUUCAAAUCAGAGACUUUUUAUCUUGUCUUUGGACUCUAGAGAAAAAGCCCUUGUCCUCUGCAUGUGGUCAUAAGAAACCAUGAGAAGAACUUUUCAGUCACUUUAAGCCUCCAUCACUUCUUUUCUGUUCUCAGCCAGAAGCAUCAACAGAAAGGUUUGAUAAUAUUCACAUGCAGCAACUUGAGGAUAAUUCCCAUAUCUGAAUUUAGUACCAUAAUUAUACUUAUACAUUAAUUAUAAUUUAUCACUUCACUUUAAAUAAAAGAUUUACAUAGUUUAUAAUUCUUACUGGGAAACUUGUUUAAACAGUCCUGUAUGAAUUUAUAAAUUUGUAACUUUUUAUAAACAUUUCUUGUCUAUGCAGUGUAUUUAAAAGAAUCAGCUCACAAAAUCGCUCUGAAACCUGACCCUUAAUACUGGGUGGUAUGUAGGCUUUUUAGAAGCAGCGGUUUGGAGAUACUGUUGUGAACAAAGGCUAAUCCUUGUACUUAUUUUGUAGCUUAUAAAAUUAAAGACGUCACAAGGUUGAUGUGAGGAAAAGAAUUUUAUUUUUCAAAUAAGCAUUCAGUGAAAGUAGUCAGACCUUACCAAUGUUUGGGUGAAGGCGAAAUAUGGUAAAAGAAUGUUUUUACCAAGAAAACCACAAUGUUCUGCAAGUGCAAGAGCUUGUUUUAACUAGUGUCUGCCUAUUUAAAUACUCAUUUGGUAAGUAUUUAAGUAUUAAUCUUUAAGUGUUUAAUCUUAGCAAACACUAAAAGCUAGGUAGAAUUCUAGACAAUUGAGGCUGUUGGUGGACAAGGGACAGAAAAAGAAAUCACUGUCCUUGUGGAGUUUUCAUUUUAUUUCAAUAACCAGGGAAGACAUCUACAAAAUACCUAAGUAAAUUCUGUCAGCAGAGGGAAAAUGCUCUGGAGGAAGAAGAGUGGAGUAAGGGAGACGCAGGUGUAGGAAUAUGUUUACGUGGGGUGGCCAGAAGCGUCGUCCCUGUGGAGCCAGGACAUACCUGAACAGACCUAGUAGCAUCAGCUGUGGGGUCUCUGGUGGGGGAGAUGGUACAAAGGCCCACAGCAGAAGCAGGCCCAAAGUUCCAGGAACCACGGAGGCGAAGGCAGCUGGAAGCAGAGGAAGGGGUGAGUAGUAAAGCGAUGAGGUAGGGCUUUGUAGGUUGUUGUAAUGACUUGUGUUUUUAACCAGUGAUAAAGCAGAUUUAUCUUUACUAUGGCUUAUAGUCAAAUAUUAAACAUCAAUUUAUCAGGUUAUUUUUUAAAUCCAGAAGAAUGGAGAAAAGACUACCCCAUGGGGGAAAAAAAAGUAUCUAAUGGCCGUGGAAGCUCACCAAAGACGAUUGUGAACACAAGCAAGUUUCAAAUAUUUUAUUUUCUUAUUCAUACAGUAGGAAGUUUUCUAAAGAUCCCACAACAUGACAUCUCAUGCAGAAGAAAAACUAAACAUUCAACAUAACCCCCCCCACCCACACUAAAAAAAAAAAAA